AUGGCGCCUAGGCUGCCUCCAACCAAGAAAGGUCCCCAGCGGACCCACCAACCACCGCCUUCGAAUAUCCCAGCUGCCGCGGCUGGCGAUGUUGUCGCUCAACCUUCUACACCGGUGCGCAAUAUUUCGGAUACCCCAAGGAGGCACACCAGGCGGAGCGAACGAAAAGUCGAUGUUCAGACACUGCCUGGUACUCGAUGGGAUAAGCUUGAGAUAGAACGUCAGAGACAUCGGCAACGUGAACAAGAAUCUGGUUCAGGCAUUACAGAAACACCGGUUCUGAACGAAUUGUCUUUACAUGAGAAGACCAUACACGCCUCGAUCCAUCGCGCUUCGGCUACCAAAACCCGUGAUCUCGUUUCGGAGACAAACCCGAUUGAAGUUUCAGCUCUACAGCUAGGAAGCCAAUCUUUAGGGUCGGUCAAGGAGGCCAAUGGUCGCGUGCUCGCCACAACAUCAUCGCCGAUCAAAAAGCGUCGUCCGAACCAGUCACGGCUUUCUAAGCAUCGGCUCUCAACUGGGCGACAGCGUCAAUCUAAGCCCGAGGCUGGGUUUACUAGCCAAUCUCCAUCAUCAACUUUGGAGGCUGUUAUCGAGAGAGAUCCUCUAUUGAGCAUGGCUCGACGACCUGGCCGCAACCAGGUGGACUUUGUCGCAGAGUUGAAAGAGACAAUCCACGAAUCGUUAUCCAAGCUGAGCGAUAUCCAGGACAAGCUAGCUCCGCUAGGACAACAGAUUUUGGUAUUGGAAGAAGAACUGAAGGCAAAGGAGGCUGACAACAGCGUUACUCUAGAUGACACAAAAAGACUGGAUGAAUUGUAUCGAGCAAAGGUCAAGCUCACAGAGCAAGAGACCGGUAUUUUGCAUCAGCCGCCAGAUGACCUCAUCAAUAAAAUGGGCAUUUUAAAUGCCCUUGCUGCGCGGGAGGAUACUCAAGCACCCGGCCGCGGCUCAGCAGCCUCCAAACAGAGAGGCUCUAAGCGGUCUGCGGUCGAGUCCGAAACUGCUGUCGUGGACUCACCCGGCCCAAGUCCAAGUGAUGUGAGGUCUUCCGAUCAACUCCGGCGCGUAAAAGGCCAAGGGCAAAGAAGUUCUAGUGUUGCGAGCCAAACACCAAGGGAUGGCACUUCGAGACUUGACGAUGGUCCGGACGGCCCCAGAAGCGGUGUUGCCGAUCGAGCCAAGAUGCUGGUGGUCCAUGCUGAGGUCGCCUACAGACAGAGCAAGGCCACACAUGACUCCGAUGGAGAGCGUAUACAUUGCACAAUCAAUGCGAUCAGGAAGGACAAGGGAAGUGGCAGGACCAUCUACGAUAUCAAGGACAAGGACGAAAGUGAAAAUCUCCUAUACACCGCUCGAGCCGAAGAUCUCUUGCCGAUACCUCCUCCUGGCAGCCAGCUGCCCACAUUUUCUCCCGGAAAGCAUAUUAUUGCGCUUUAUCCUGGAACCACCACCUUCUACAAUGCUCAAGUAAUCGGCUUGUUUACCAAGAGGGACGUCUACAGUCUUAAGUUCGAAGGCGAAGAGAACGAAAAAGAGGUCAAAGAGGUGGAAAGGAGGUAUGUAUUGGACAUCAAGACCAAAUAG